UCAUCGCUUUCUCUAGGAAGGGUAAAAAGCCACUACCAUAGCCCCCAGUACUACUUCUGCCUACCCUUUCCACCAUUUUCACUUCUUCCUCCAUUAAUGCACCUUUAAAACAAUCAUCUAAUUAUCUAGUUCAAGCCUCCUAAUAAAUAUCAUUAAAAUUCAUGCCACUCACAAAAAAAAAUUAAGAUUUUUAUUUUUAUGAAAUAUGAAGACCUACUAUUUGACAUAAGUUGAAUUGAAUUGUCUGAGUUUUGAUCUGUGGUUUCUGGUUCAGCGUUGUCACAACAACACAACACUUAUGCUUGAUGUAGGCAUAUUCUUUUCAUGUAGCAGUUAUGACAGCAAGGCAUGAAGGUGUAGAGUAGUUGUUGUAGUUGCAGAGUGCACAGAACAGUAAGGUCUUCGUUUAUCGGGCCGCGCCGCUCGUGUUUGUCGCUCGUGCGUGCAGUUUCAGUCUCCAAUCUCGAGGUGUGGUUUGUUUUCAGGGUGACACCACUUUUCUUCCUCCGCCAGUUUCUCUCGUGUCUUGAACUCUGCCUUUGGUGUGGUUUGAUUUGGUUCACUGUAUUUGGAGCUUGUUUUUAUGACUCUUGACUUGGUGUUGUGGCCAAUGUUAUAUGGAGGGUCGGUGCUAGUGUUGAAUUUUGGUGGGGUUGCUUGGGAUUCAAGACGGCUAUAGUGUUUCAACUCAAAAGGUUUUGGCUUCCUGUUGUGUAUCUUUUGGAUUUGGUUAUUCUAUAGUGUUGUUAUUGGGGUUUGGGGAGUAGUUUAUUAUUCUUGUUUUUUUUAAGUAUUGGGAUCCUAGCUUCGGGAGGGUUUCCAACAUGCCAACAAGUGUUGUCAUUGGUUGUAUUGUUGAGUUGGUGAAAGGUGUGAAAGGUUCCUCGUACUUAGUCCCUGUUUGUGGUGGUGACAUUUUAUAUUCGGUUGAGUUUUGCUCCGUCAGCGAGAGAAACUCGGUUCCUUGAUUUGGGGGUGUAAGAGUUGAUCUUUAUUUUAGGGAGGUGAAAAACCGGAGAAGGGGUGGAAGUGACAUUUUUUUUUUCUUCUUAUGUGGGUUGUUUGUGUUUGAGUACACGAUAUGCUGAACUCUUACGAAGGAGAUUGUGAUGUGUUCUUUGACUCGGUGGAAUGCCUGUCACCAACGGAAGAAUCUGUCUUGAAAGAAAAAGAGUUUGGCUAUGAGAUUUGGGUGAAUGAGCCUGUGAGUGUGAAGGAAAGAAGGGAAAAGUUUUUGCAGGGGAUGGGAUUGGUUGAUUCUUCUUUCAAUGUUUGUUCUCAAGAGAAUGAUUUGAUGAGUUCUGAUGCCUCAUCAGUGAGAAUCAGGGAUAGUGAGAAGGUCUCAAAUGCUUGUUGUUCUAUUUUGCCGGAUGAUCAAGUUUCUGAUGCACAAGGCUUGUUUGAUGAACAGAAAGGGUGCCCCAAAGAUGAACCAGAUGCAAAUUUUGAAGGGAAGGUUUAUGAGGUUUAUUGUACAGAUCAAGAGGUCAGACUUAGAACAGCUGAAGCUCCAGAAAAUUUCCGGGGUUUUGAAAAGAAGAAAAGCUGGUGGAAGCACUUUAUAAGCAGCAAGAAAGGUGGUGGAGGGAAAGUCAUAUCAGAAUUGAAUUCAGGGACAAAUAAGACUCGAAGAAUAAAUGUAAGGCAUAAUAAAAAGAGAUGGAUGGAGUUCAGUGCACUGUAUAUUGGACAAGAGAUUAAAGCUCAUAAAGGCCUAAUUUGGACUCUGAAGUUUAGUCCCAAUGGACAAUAUCUUGCUAGUGGAGGUGAAGAUGGUGUUAUACGCAUAUGGCGUGUAACAUCACUGAAUACAUCUAGUAUUUGCUUCACUGCUGAAGACAGUGCUGUUAGCAAAGUGAAACAUAGUUCUCAGAAGAAUCACUCAAGCCAAUCCUUCAUUGUUCUUCCAAGUAAGAUUUUAAAAAUUGAGGAAUCACCAUUGCAUGAAUUUUACGGUCAUGCCAGUGAUGUCUUGGAUUUGGCUUGGUCCGUCAAUUCAGAUUUUCUCUUGCAGACUCUCCUUUCAUGUUCUAUGGAUAAAACUGUUCGCUUAUGGAAAAUUGGUUGUAAUCAAUGUCUAAGUGUUUUCCAUCACAAAGAUUAUGUGACUUGUAUUCAAUUCAACCCUGUUGACGAAAACUACUUCAUAAGCGGUUCUAUAGAUGGCAAAGUCCGGAUAUGGGGAAUACAUGAAGAGCGAGUUGUUGAUUGGGCAGACAUAAGAGAUUUGAUUAGUGCUAUAAGUUAUCGGCCAGAUGGAAAAGGAUUUGUAGUUGGUUCUCUCACAGGCAAUUGCCGCUUUUAUGUUGCCUCAGGUAAACAUUUCCAGCUUGAAGCGCAGAUUCGAGUGAAUGGAAAAAAGAGAACAUCUGGCAACAAGAUUACAGGCAUUCAGUAUUCUCAGAAAAAUCAUCAGAGGGUUAUGAUUACAUCAGAAGAUUCCAAAGUUAGAAUAUUGGAAGGCAUUGAACUUGUUCAGACAUAUAAAGCCCUUCCAAGGUCCGGAAGUCAGAUGUCUGGUUCAUUUACAUCAGGUGGAAAACAUAUAAUUUCAGUUGGAGAGGACUCUCGUGUGUAUAUUUGGAACCACAAUGACCAUGGAAAUACUUCUUCCAAAAGUACAAAAUCCAAGUACUCCUGUGAGUACUUUGGCUCUGCGGGGGUUACUGUUGCAAUACCUUGGUCUGGCAUGAGUGCAGGACGAAGGGGUUCUGGCAAUGAUUUUCUCCACCAACACCAACUCGAGGCUCCUCAUGGUAUUAGGGAGUCAGAACGUUUUUCUUUUGGAAGUUGGUUCUCAAUUGAUGGUACAUGCCGAGGUUCUGUGACAUGGCCCGAGGAGAAACUCCCUAGUUGGGAUUUACCUCUUGCAGAAGUUGAAUUUGAUGACCAACAUCAACUAUGUCUCAAAGAUGCUUCCAAUGAAAAAUAUGUAUCAGAAACAUGGGGACUAUCCAUUGUGGCAGCUGGUUCUGAUGGAACCAUCAAGACAUUCCACAACUUUGGACUUCCUAUUAGGCAUUAGGACACUGUCAUGAUUCUAUGAAUGCAGAAUAACUGGUUACUUUGCAUUCAAGGCUCUAUGAUUUACAAAGGAAGUUUAACUCGGUUGAGAAUGCGUGAGUGGUUAUAACUCUCUGGUACUGUGUCCGAUUCCUUACGAUCAAAAAAAGUAUCUAUGGUUAGUUUGCCUUUACAUAUUAUAUGAGUGACUUUGCCAGGUAAAAGAUGGACAUUCAUAGAAGAAUUUCAAGGCCUUGGGUUAACAGAAUAACCUGCAGAAGAUUGAAGCACGGAGUUAGAUGCUUAUUUGAGCCAUGUGAUGCUCAGCUAAAAGUUUGGUCAUUACUAAAUUCAUGAUAGAUGUCAAACAUUCUUGACAUUUCCGAGAAUUUGUACAUUUACACUUUUAGUAUGUCACCGAUUUAAAGUGGUCUGCUUGUAGAGUCAGGCUACAAGAAUCCUGAGUUUUUUUUUUUUUUUUUUUUUUUUUUUUUUUUUUUUUGUAACAUUUAUUUUUGUGAAUAUUAGUUAACUUAUACGAUAGGUAUAGAUUAAAAAAAGAAAACCCAAUUGAAUUUUUGUCCAAAUAUGAACCUUUGUUAGUUUAUGGAGUUGCCUUUACUAACGAUGAC